AUGGGCGGCGCGCGGCCCUUUGGCUCCGCCCACAUUGCAUCUCCUGCAGGCGCAACUCACGCAUCAGUAAUUAGCAGCGUGAGGUUGCGAGGAAGCCCCGUUGCACCGAGUGCCAAGCAGGUGCCACCAACACGUGCCCCCCGCCACCUCCACCACCUCAACGCUAUUCUCACACUACUUGAUUUCCUUCCACCUUCGGAAUAUUCCUGUUUACCUCAUUUAAGCACAAAGUCCAUUAGCGGUUGCUCGUGUGUGGGGAUGCUGGUGCCGGCGGACAUGCAAGGUGCCCAGUCACGCAUGCUGUACCAGGUAAACAAAUACUCUGCGGAGCGUGUGGCCGCCCGGCGGGCAGCUGUUGCAAAGACGCUCCGGGAAGUGGUCAAGGUCGUGCAAGAUGUGCUGAAGGAAGUUGAGGUGCAAGAGCCGCGGGUCAUCUCUUCUCUGGCCGAGGUCAACGGCCGCUUCGAGGGUCUCAACGUCGUCUCGCCCAUGGAGUUCGAGGUUAUACUCUACCUCAACCAGAUGGGAGAGUUCAACUUCGUGGACGACGGCAGCAUCCCCGGCAGUGCGGUUCUCAAGCUCAGCGACGGCCGGAAGCGCUCCAUGUCGCUGUGGGUGGAGUUCAUCACGGCAUCGGGCUACCUGUCGGCCCGCAAGAUGAGGUCGCGUCUCCACACUCUCGUGGCGCAGGCCGUCGACAAGUGCACCUACCGCGACUCCGUCAGGAUGGUCGGGGACACGAGCGAGGUGCGGCUGCGAGUGCGCGACCGCUAUACCGUGCAAAUAACACCAGCGUUCAAGUGUCAGGGCGUGUGGCCCAGGUCGGCCGCCCACUGGCCGUCGCCGCACGUGCCGUGGCCGCCGCCGAGUCUCGUGGCGGAGGUCAAGACAGAGGGAUUCGAUCUGCUGAGCAGAGAGUCGGCAGUGGGCACCGGGAAGAACGGCGGGGGCCUCGAGGGCGACGCUUGGGCAUUGUCAUUUAAUGACGCCGAAAAUCGCCUCUUGUACGGCGCCAGCCGCAAGCGGUGUCUGGCCAUUCUGAAAACUCUGAGGGAUCGCCACCUGGAGCUGCCCGGCGACCCGGUGCCGGCCUACGCGGUGAAGACUCUGGUGUUGUACGAGUGCGAGAAACACCCUCGGGAGACGGACUGGGACGAGACCGUGCUUGGCGACCGCCUCGUGGGGAUUCUCCUCCAGCUCAUUACCUGCCUGCAGUGUCGCCGGUGCCCCCACUACUUCCUCCCGUCAAUCAACCUCCUGCGCGGAGCGUCGCCCCCUUCCCUGGAGUCCGCGGCCAAGCAGGCGUGGAGACUCACGCGGGAGCUCCUCACGAACUCCAAGAGCCUGGAGAAGCUGUGAGGCUCCGCGUCCGCCUCCCCCGAUGCCUCCAAGGACUUCCCGGCCGCCGGUGAGGAUAAUAAACUUAUAGUGAUGCUAUCAUCAGCGUCGGCACAGGUGGCAAGCAGGUGCUAGUGCGAAAAUGUAUAUAAUGUAAAUAAACUCUGUGCCAAACCAUAGUGCUGAAGGUCUUAUACCACGUCGGACAUUUAAGUUUAUACCAGUGGCUUCUAGUUCGCGAAAAUACUUUCAUAUAUAUUUUAUUUAUGUGCGCUGUGCGUCAUUAUACGGCGUUGAUUUUAUUACAGCUGUGAUAACUUUUAGUUUUCGAGUGUUAGCAAUUUGUAAAUAGUAAUCUGGUCAAUUUAACGUUUCCCUUUAGACCUUACAUGUGUUAGUGCGUAAGUGUGCUUGUGAGGAGGACAUGCGGUCUGGUACAGUGACAGCAGCCGGAGGAGAGGCCGAAGGCGAGGAGGACGCCACGUGCAGGACCCCCCCCCCCCCUCCACCCCCUACCACCACUCGCCCCAGUGACGAAAACACCGCCAACGUGACUACACUCACUUGUACUCCAACACAUUCGGAAAAUAAGUAGACUGCAACUAGUAAAAAAAAGUAGGUGGGCUUCACCAUAGACUUUGGACACUUUGGAGGCCUAGGCUAUUCGAGCUGCCUGUAAAACGACAGCCGAUACUGUAUUCCUUAAAAUAUUCUUCUUCUUUUCGGUCGUCAGUGUUUAGGUGCAGAUCUGUUUUAGUCAAUAUUUCAUUAGCAAUGUAGUAAUACUUUUUUGAAAUGUUAUUUUGUUACUCUCUAAUGUAAUGUCUAACUAUGGUACUAGUGAAAGUAAUUCUAAUUGUGUCUUGUCAGGUGUGGCUACGGCCAGGUAUACACUGUGUCUUGUACUUACCAAGCAAACUGUUUCCGGUGGCAGUAACAAGUUGCUGCCUAGACUCAGCAUCUCUAAGUCACCCAAUACCUUAUUUAUUGUCUGUACAACUGUGUAGAACUUUGGUUAAAUACAACUGAACAAUGUGA